AUGAACUUCGUCCGCAUGUGCGACAUCUUUGAGAAUAUGGCCACAGUACUCGAGGGUGAUAUAGCCGGGCCAAAACACCCCGAUUCGUGGCUCGCUGUCGACGGCGCACCUCAGUUAAAUCCUUGUCCCCCAUUUUACCCCGACCAAUUCGUGUCCUUGUGCAACGAAUUCCUGGACGAAAGUGGAUGGACCGACUCGAUAUACGUCGCAGCCUCCAUCAAAGGCGCCUGUUUGCCCCCGCCCAACCGUGCGAAAAUGGUCGCAUUGCCUGUGGUGCACGGUGUCCUGCAAUGCACAGUCUGCAAAAUGAUACUCAGCUCGUCGUACGAAAUCUCACGGUAUGGCGUCUUUGUGCUCAGCCUGUUCAACAAAGCCGACGCACUCGCAUUCAAAUUCGACAAAACUGUUUCCGAUACCAUCCACGACAUGCAGGCGACGGAUGCCAUUCCACGAAUGCGGGAUAUUGCGCGAAUUGCCGGCAACAUCAUGGUUCCUUUACCAGCAGCAAUGGAAUAG